CACUGCACUCCGGCUCCCCCUCAGACACACCGAGGCUGCCUACUAUAGCUCUCUCUCUCCCCCGCCGUCUGUCAGUGUCUCUCGCCCUCCUCUCCGGCUCUCUAUCUCUCGCUCUCCUCCUCGUCUGGUUUCUUUCCACCGGAGCCAGCCGAGGUCCCGCCGGGUCGAAGGUUCCUGCCCCUGCCAACCCGCCAAGCCAACAGCAACACCCCCAGACUGUGGCUCCGGAGUCACCGCCGCAUGGACCCGAGUCCCUCAGCUGCCGCCGCCGCUUCUUCUUCUCCUCCUUCCUCCGCGUAGAGGGCGACCCCGACCCGACGCUCUUUCCCCGGCCAGAUAUAACACCCAGAAAGGAGGGGGGAGGAAAAAGAGAAACCUCCGGGACGAAGACUGCAGCGAGUGUUGGUCGAGUCGGUCAGCCAGGAAGCUGCUGCCAGCCCAGCCGCCGCCGCUGCUGCUGGGAGAAUUCCUUAGCUUCUUGAGCGGCUGGCUCCGAAGGAUGACUGCUGCACGGCUCGUUGCUGAAUCCCGGUGAACGAACGGCGUCUCAUGUCCAUACGGUGGAAGGAUGGCUCAUGGCAAAGUGACCAUCACUGUGGACGAGUACAGCUCCAACCCGACCCAGGCCUUCACACAUUACAACAUCAACCAGAGCCGCUUCCAGCCUCCACACGUCCACAUGGUAGACCCAAUUCCUUAUGACACUCCCAAGCCGGCGGGACACACCAGGUUUGUGUGCGUUUCAGACACACACUCGCGUACAGAUGGCAUCCAGAUGCCCUACGGCGACGUGCUGCUCCACAUGGGUGACUUCACAGAGCUCGGCCUACCGUCUGAGGUCAAGAAGUUCAACGACUGGCUAGGUGGCCUUCCAUAUGAAUUCAAGGUGGUGAUCGCUGGUAACCACGAACUGACCUUUGAUAAGGACUUUAUGGCAGAGCUGGUCAAGCAGGAUUACUAUAGAUUCCCGUCAGUCUCCAAACUCAAACCGGAGGAUUUUGACAAUGUCCAGUCGCUCCUCACAAACUGUGUGUACCUGCAGGACUCGGACGUCACAGUAAAGGGAUUCCGGAUAUACGGGACACCAUGGACUCCAUGGUUUAACGGCUGGGGGUUCAACCUGCCUCGGGGCCAGUCUCUGCUGGAUAAAUGGAACCUCGUCCCCGAGGGCAUCGACAUCCUGAUGACCCACGGACCUCCACUCGGUUUCAGAGACUGGGUGCCUAAGGAGCUGCAGCGGGUCGGCUGUGUGGAGCUGCUCAACACUGUCCAGAAGAGAGUUCGGCCCAAACUUCACGCUUUUGGAGGCAUUCAUGAAGGGUACGGGAUCAUGACGGAUGGAUACACGACGUUCAUCAACGCGUCGACAUGCACUGUCAGCUUCCAGCCAACCAACCCGCCCAUUGUGUUCGACCUGCCCAACCCCUCCAGCUCCUGAGACCGGUCCGCCGUGGAUUCCUGAUUUCACGGGCCUGGAGAAACAUCUUCUUUUCUAUAAAUAUUUCAAGUUUAAAACAAAAACAAAAAUGAAGAUCCAAGUGUUUCUUUGCAAUUGUUUUCCUUUCCUUCAAGCUGUUGUGGAGGAAAUACGAGGGUCUGUUUUGUUUUUUUUGUGGGGGGUGGGAGGGGUACUUUAAAGGAGAAUACCGGUGGAGUGUUUUUCUUUUUCAACUGUGCCAACAGUCCAGGCAUGAGGCCUGGAUUCACUCCGUCUUAUUUGAUUGCCGUUUUGUUUGAAAAGCAAUGAGAAAGUGAGAUUGUUGUUCUUCACUAAGCAGAGGUAAGACUUUUAUCAUUGAUCUCUGUUUCUUUCAGCCACAGCAAGUAGGCAAACUAAUCCUUUAAAAAAAAACGCUGCCUUUGCUCAGAACGAUUGAAACAAACUGUGAGACUUUUUACGACGACUAACGUAACAACUUUUUAUUCUGGCCUUCUUUCCAUUUUCAGGUCAUCUGUAUAACAAGCAGAACGUUUUGAUUCUGUCCCACGCCGGUAUUCUCCUUUUCUUUGAGAUUUUGUGGUUAAACAAUCUUGCUCUUGAUUAAUAUUGCUCAAAACUGUAAAAUAAAUAAUGGUUUGUGAAUUUGUACAAUUUCUUUACGUUUGGUUUGGCCAAACUAUGGAUGCCAUUGUUUUUACGUUGUGUCAUAUGAUAAAUAUUUAGUUUCUUUUUGCUUUUCUCGUCAGUUCUUCUUCUCUUAUUGGCUGACAGGGACGCUGCCUUAAACUAGCUUUAAUGUUCUCAGCUAGAGCCCCGAUUCUCUGCAAGCUCAGAGGAAAGUCCUUAUUUAUUACCCAUCAUCCCCGCAGUAAAACCACCCGACGAUCGCAGGGACAGAAAGCUAUCGAUUGCAGCCAGGAUGAUCACUUUUUAUCAAGGAUUUCUCAUCUAAUCUGGAAAAUGUAUAAUAACAUAUAUAUAAAUUAUAUAUUCAUCUUUUAAAACAUCUGUACUAAAGUUGUGUUUUGAUGAAGAAAAAAAGAAAAUGUUUUGUUUUUCUGUAUCUUCAAUGCUUGCAUCAUCAGAAGUUUCUUUUCACGUUUUUUGUAGAAAAUGAUUUCAAAUGAGAGGAAAAUGUGUCGAUCACAAUCCAACAGGUGUUGAUUGUUUUCCCUGCAACACACCUGCCUAAACAGGAAUGACAUGUCCUUUAAAGUGUAAAAUCUGAUAGUAUUUGUGUUUUAUUGCUUUUUUUUUUCUAAUUUUGCACUGUGUGUAAAUGCAAUCUUGCUAGCACAAAAAAAAAAAUGUUGCCAAUAGUCGUCUCGAGUCGUUUCUCGACAGCUGUAAAUGCUCUUCUUUCGUGCUCUCUUCCUCCCUCACGCUCUUUCUCUGAUUGUAUCCCUCUUCAUGGAAAUGUUAGUUCUCUUUCAGUUUAUUGUGAUAUAUUUAGCUGCCUUUAUAUGCAAAUAAAAUUGCAAGAUUUUUACUGAUUGAGGCUUCUUUUAUUCGAAUAUCUGAAGAUAGAAGAAUAAGAAUUCAACUCUGUUUUCAUUACACCGUCUCAAGUACAAAGCAAUGAAUUGAACUCUCUGCACUUAACCCAUCCCCUUGGGCAGCAGUGGGCUGCCAUUGUGCAGCACCUGUGGAGCAGUGUGGAGGUUAAGGAUGAACUCAGAACCUCUGGGAUCCAAGCGCAAUGCCCUAACCACUAGGCCACCACUCCCCUAGUCUACAAAGAUAAGUUUGUAGACAAGAUAAAUAUUUUUAUUAACACAACUCGUCUUUCAGGAAGAGGGACUCUUUAGGAAUAUUUCAUUUUGAAAUGUUCUAACUGAAAUUUUGUAACAUGUUGCACUCAUAAAGCCAAAACAUGGAAUAAUAAAAAGUGAAAUAUCUUGUCAAAUACUAGAUUUUAUCAUUAAAAGAUUUUUUGAGACCGUAUAUACUAAAUGUGAAGAGAAAAGGAAGACUUAGCUCUCCCUUCACCCUUUAAGUAACGCAUUCUCAGAGUUUGAGGUGGAUAUCAGGUUAACCCGUUGUGAAAGGUUUUAAUUUCCCCUUUGGCCUCUUCCACUUAGCCCAAGCCCUCUGUUUUGUGCUGCUUGCAGGAAAGGGUUUCAUGUUUCUUUUCACAAAAGUGGUUCCUUUUUCUUCUGUAGAUGGAGGAUAGAGUGAGACAUUUCUAGCUGUUGCAUUUUCUUUUUCUAUUUUUUUAUGUAUGGCAUAUAAGACUGAAUUCCAUUGUGAAAAUGAUGUUCUCUAUAAAACACAUCCAGAAUCACUGCUUUCUUUACGUAUCUUCAGUUCACUG